UUAAUAAUAUAGAUUAUAUAAUGUUAACAUUGAACUACAUCUAGAAUCUAGAUCUAUGACUAGGCUUAGAUCUAGCUAGACCUAGUUCUAGAUAGAUAUCUUAAAUAUCUAGAUCUAGAUUUAUAAAUAACUAGAUCAGAUGUAGAUCUAGCUAGACGAUAGUAGCAAAUUACAUAGAUGAUUAUGAUGAUACUAUUACUAUUAGUACUAUUGUCAAGUAUUGAGUCACUAUCUAUUGACUAAUGACUAAUAAUAAAAUUUAGUAGAGUCUGCUGCCUUUUCACAAUGACAAUAUUUUUUUUAGUCUAACUUAUUAGACUAAGUCACUAACUAACACUCGAUUGACGACAAGUGUCUCAAGUCACUCAAGACUAACACUAAAGUUGACUAACAGACGAACAGUAACUUUAAGUAAUAAGUCAGAUAAUCAUAAUACAAAAACAGAGGAUCAGAUCUACUCUUCUGUAAAUUUAAAUCUAGUUUUUCUCUGCUUUUAAAUCUAAAAAUGUCUGCAGUUUGUCUUGUUCAAGGGGCUAGCCGUGGCAUAGGUCUGCAGUUUUGUAAAGCUUUAUUAAUGAACAACAAGACUCAGGUGAUAGCUACUUGUAGAAAGCCAUUAGAAGCCACUGACCUGCAACAGCUAAUGAAGGACAAUAGCCAGAGACUUAGUGUAUUAAAUAUUGAUGUCACUAAUGAAGGCACCAUAUCAGCGGCUGCUUCUCAAGUGGAACAAAGUCACGGCAAACUUGACCUGCUAAUAAACUGUGCUGGAAUAAUCCAUCCUUCUAAAUUGGGAGAAACAAGUCUUAAAGCUGUGACUAGUCAGGGUUUACUGGAAACUUAUCUGGUGAAUUCUGUCGGGCCUCUGUUGAUGGCAAAACAUUUUGCUGCACUUUUAAGUAAAGGUCAAGGUCUCAUUGGGAAGCAGGCUGCAGAUAAGAAAAGUCAGCAUUCUUCUGUGUUGGUCAACAUGAGUGCAAAAGUGGGCUCCAUUAGUGAUAAUGCUUUAGGCGGCUGGUACAGCUAUCGCAUGUCUAAAGCAGCUUUGAACAUGGCCACCAGGAAUCUCAGCAUCGAGUUGACCAGGGGACAGAAAAAAACUGUGUGCAUUGCAUUGCAUCCUGGAACUGUGGAUACGGAUCUCUCUCGGCCAUACCACAAGAAUGUACCAAAGCUACUAACUGCUCAACAAACUGUCGAAUUUAUGCUGAGUGUUAUAAACAGCUUAAGUUUAGAGGAUUCUGGAAAAUUCUUCACUUAUGAGAGAUCUGUCUUGCCAUUUUAAAUAGUUCCAUUUUAUUAGGUUUAAAAUGAAUACUCAGCUGAUUAAGAGAAAAUGAGAUAUUUUGGAGUGUUGAACUAAAACUGACCAGUGACUAAUAAUCAAUUUGGAAAAGAAACAAUUUGAUAUCUUUUAAAUCUAGGUAAAGCUUCACCUUCAGGAUCAAAGAAAUGCAGAAUCUCAUUUCCUAUGCAUGAUUUCAAAUUUUUUGUAGCUCCCACCAUGAAGAAUUAGUAAUUGUGUAUAUUUAUUUCUUUGUUUUGGACUGUGAAGUUGUAUAUAUAUAUAUAUAUAUAUAUAUAUAUAUAAUCUCUGAAACUAUUUGGGUGUAGACUUUUAGUCGAAAAUUUGUACAUGAAUAAAUUAAUUUUUUUUAUGGCAUUUUAUAUGUAGUUAAAAACAAUGUGAAGUGUUUUCAUUUCAUGUUAAUAAUAAAUAUACAUCUUUUGAUAUUUAUCUUAUCUUUUAUGUACAGUUGUUAUAAUAAUCAAUCUAGAAAAUUAUUUAAACAAUAAAUUUUUCAACAAAAUCA